AUGAAGGUCUUUCAGCGACUCAUUGACGAGGGCUUUGAUAACGCGACUUUGACCGCAGCGCUGAAAUAUGCGGCAGAAGGGGAAAACACGGCGAUUGUGGCGAGAUUGCUCCAGUUGGGCGCAGUACCUCACAAUGCGCUGGUCCACGCGGUGCAGCAUGAUCGGUUGGACAAUAUGAGGCUUCUCUUGGAUGCAAUGGCGGACCCGACGCGUGAUCUGAACCGAAAGAACGUAUUGCAUAGGGUCCGCAGCAUAGAAGCGACCAAGAUGAUCCUUGCCAGAGCCCCUGGCUUGUCUGCCGCCAGUCGACCGGGAAUGUUUCACGGAACUCCGUUGGAGACAAUUUACGAGGAAGGCAGAGACUUCAAUCCCCAAGAACUGGAAGGAAUGGCCAUGUUGCUCAUCGAGGAUGGGUGCCUGAUCCGUGAACCAAUACCGAUCAAUGAAGAUAACGACCGUGAUCCCAGCAACCGAAACGUACUGGAAGACGCAGCCUUCUGGGGCCACACAAGGGUAAUUGAGGCUCUCUUAUCACGAAAGAAGUCCUUACUACACGUGCGAUACCGGGAUCGUGGUUCGCCUCUAACCGCUGCAGCAUACUCGGCAUCUGACAAUAAGCUUGCCUGCUUUAAACUUCUUGUGGAAGCAGGUGCCAAUAUCCAUGCCGACCCUCUCUUCGGGCGCUUGUACUCGAUGAGUCUGCAGGUGGCCGGCGUUCCCCGUCCUCUUGUGCAGAACGCCCUGGUGACGCAAUUCCUCAUUGACUUGGGAAUCGAUAUCAACAGUCGCUCAGAAUCCGAAUACCCUCUGAUCCAUGCUCUCCGCAUGGAAAACGACCAAUCUGCCAUGAUCCUCAUCAAAGCAGGCGCCGAUAUUACAGUCCGAUCCAGCCGACGAUUGUCAACGCUCGAAGAAGCCGCACGGCAUGGCUGCCUAGAAGCCAUGGAAUAUCUUCUCAAGGCCAACAAUGUUGAAGAGCUUAUGACAAGUCCCGAGAACGAACCUCUGCUGCAUCAGGUGACCUGCGAGGGCCAUCUGAAACAUGGCAAAGUCAAAGGGUAUGUGAAGAUGAUGGGUCACCUUCUUCUAGGUCACCUAGACAUCUCACCGAAAGAUGUGGCGGGUGGUGAUGCCACCGAGCUCGAGGGCCUUGCAUACACUGGGCAGAUGGAAGUUGUGAGGCGCUUGUGCAAACGAAAGAUUGUCGACCCAGGAGCGAAACACCGUUCAAGGACAGCGUUUGAUCAGUUGGCCUCCUGGCAUCACGAUGAACUGGUCGACUUGUUGAACGAGGCUCAUCAGAAAUGGCCGAGACCCCCACCAACGGGUCUCUUCGGUCUUUUGCAAAGGAGAAUUAUUUGA